ACAAAUGAAAAAAUACGAAAGGGAAAAAAGUUGGUCGGUUUUUCCAAACCUGCCAUUCAACACCGAACCGUCCUCUCCUUGUAAACAUUCCCUCUCUCGCUCUCUCUUCCAUUCUUGGCUUCCUGGGUUUUUGCCAAUUCCACUCCUAUCUUCAUUACAAUUUUGUUUGCUGGUUUCUAUUCAAUUAGGUUUAGCUGAUACCCUUCUGGUUUGUUCUCUAGGUCAUUUGAAUUUCAUUUCGAAGGGUCAAUCGAUUCGAACCAUACCCAUUUUCAAAGAAUGGGUAUGGUUUACCUCGUGAUAUUGAAUUAGAAGCCCAUAUUAGGCCCCAUUAACCGAUACCCAUUUGGUUUUUGGGAAAUCAAGAUUAUUGGAAUUACUUUAGAAACUGGUUUGAUGGAAGAAAGUAGCAGAAAGCGUGAAGGUGAAGUUGGGGCAUCAGCUCCAGAAGCCACUGCUGGGUCUCAUCAUGGGAUCGAAGAAACUUCCCCUGACAUGUUGAAGAACACGCCCUCGAACAUAAUGAGAUUGGCAGUGGAGAUCCAGCAAUGUGAGGGCCGGCAGAAGUAUCUUGCGCAGACGAGGAGUCCGUCCGAUGGGGGCGAUGUUCGUUGGUAUUUCUGCAAGGUACCUUUGGCAGAUAAUGAACUGGCAGCCUCAGUCCCCUGCACUGAAAUAGUGGGAAAGGGCGAUUAUUUUCGAUUUGGCAUGAGGGAUUCUCUUGCAAUAGAGGCAUCUUUCUUGCAGAGAGAGGAAGAAUUGCUUUCUUGUUGGUGGAAGGAGUAUGCAGAGUGUAGUGAAGGUCCCAAGGCCCGUCCCAGUUAUGAUGCUAAAGAGAGGGCACAAUCAGUAGAUGUAUUGGAAGAAGAGAGAGUUGGAGUUCCUGUAAAGGGAGGCUUGUAUGAGGUUGAUUUAAUAAAGAGACAUUGCUUUCCUGUUUACUGGAGUGGAGAAAAUCGGCGUGUUUUAAGAGGUCAUUGGUUUGCUCGUAAAGGGGGCCUCGAUUGGCUUCCUCUUCGUGAAGAUGUCAGUGAACAGUUGGAGUUUGCAUAUCGCAGCAAGGUUUGGCAUCGGAGGUCAUUUCAGCCGUCAGGACUUUUUGCAGCUCGAGUUGAUUUGCAAGGCUCAACCCAGGGACUGCAUGCUCUUUUUACUGGAGAAGAUGAUACGUGGGAGGCUUGGCUAAACGUUGAUGCUUCUGGGUUUUCUGGUGUCAUUAAUUUCAGAGGGAAUGGCAUUAUGUUAAGGCGUGGAUAUGCUGCAUCUAAGUCAUCGAAACCUACGCAGGAUGAAUUACGUCAGCAGAAGGAGGAAGAGACGGAUGACUAUUGUUCACAGGUGCCAGUUCAACAUCUAGUGUUUAUGGUUCAUGGUAUUGGUCAGAGGUUGGAGAAAUCUAAUUUAGUAGACGAUGUGACCAAUUUUCGCCUUAUCACAGCAAAGCUUGCUGAACGACACCUGACUUCGUAUCAGCGCGGAACUCAGAGAGUCCUUUUCAUCCCUUGCCAGUGGAGGAAGGGCUUGAAGCUAAGCGGUGAAGCUGCAGUCGAAAAAAUUACUUUAGAUGGUGUACGGGGUUUGCGAGUGAUGUUGAGCGCGACAGUUCAUGAUGUACUGUACUACAUGAGCCCCGUCUACUGCCAGGAUAUUAUCAAUUCGGUCUCUGACCAACUAAAUCGACUAUAUUUGAAGUUCCUGAAGAGGAAUCCUGGUUAUGAUGGAAAGGUUUCCUUGUAUGGUCACUCUUUGGGAAGUGUUCUCUCAUAUGAUAUUAUUUGCCAUCAAGAGAAUUUAUCCUCUCCCUUUCCAAUGGAGUGGAUGUAUAAAGAACACCACCCUGCAAAUGAAGAAUCUUCUUCCCCUACUCUCAACAACCAAUCUGCAGACUGCAAUUUUAAAUCCAGUCAGAACAAGAACGUCGGCUCAUUGAACAAUCAAACUACGGGAAUGGUAGGUCCCUCAGAAGAAGACAAUGCGGGCGGAAAACAACCUUUUCUAGUCCCGGAGAUGGAAGAUUCUUCUUUUCCCACUGGGCUUUCUGUCCCAUUAGACUUGGACGAACCUUCUGCAACGGAGGUGGAGUCUAAGCAACCCGAUGCUAUUUCAUCACUGGGGAAAGAUGACCACGGACAGGUUUCUGAUUCUAGAGACACGCUUUCUUGCAAAAGGGAAUAUUUUGAUGAAGCCUCUAACCUGAACUAUCAAGUGCUGCCGGGCAAUGCAGGAAAGCUGUCCUGCAGUGGGCCUGAGAGUGAUAAGGACAAAACAAUCAAACUGCUGACGGAAGAGAUUGAUUGCCUAAAAACAAGGAUCACAGAAUUGGAAACUGUACGUUGUUGUGAAGGAAAUGAGGCGGUGUCGGCGACUACUACAAAUCAACCUGUUUCUGGAAAUCUUCUAUGUGGACAAAAUGAUAUGCCGAACUGUUACACUCCUUAUAUCAAAUAUACGAAGUUGGAAUUCGAGGUGGACACCUUCUUUGCAGUCGGAUCUCCCCUCGGUGUAUUUCUUGCCCUCCGCAAUACUCGUAUAGGGAUCGGAAAAGGGCAAGAAUAUUGGGAAGAAGAAAAUGUAACUGAAGACAUGCCAGCUUGUCGCCAAAUGUUCAACAUUUUUCAUCCAUUUGAUCCUGUGGCUUAUAGACUAGAACCACUCAUCUGCAAAGAAUACAUCAGCAAACGCCCUGUUAUAAUACCGUACCACAGGGGUGGAAAACGGUUGCAUAUUGGAAUACAGGAAUGUGCUGAAAACUUAGCUUUACGUUCGCAGGCAGUAAUGGAUCAACUGGGCUCUGUAAGGGUCAAAGUGCUUACGCUAUGCCAAUCAAGAAACAAGGAUAACCUUGACGAAGAAUCAGAAGAUAACCUGGAAAAAGUAGAGAGGUCUUAUGGUUCCAUCAUGAUGGAAAGACUGACUGGGAGUGAGGAUGGACGGGUAGAUCAUAUGCUUCAGGAUAAAACCUUUCAGCAUCCAUACAUCUCAGCGAUUGGAUCACAUACGAAUUAUUGGAGGGAUGAUGAUACUGCCCUUUUUAUACUGAAACAUUUGUUUCGAGAUAUACCUGAAGAACCUGAGUUGCAAGCCGGAAAAAAAUCUGGCAGCCAAAAAAAUGGUAUCGCAGACCAAAGAGAGGUUGCGGAGGAAGAACUUCCUUUGACUUUUGCUGAUAAGGGUUUGAUUAGAAGCUUCUCUGCAAGUGCAAGAAAGAUCAUGAAAAAGUGAUGACGGUUUUCUCUCCUUUUUUCUUCGAAAUGUAUGUGCUAGUAUCUGUAAUUAUUAUGAGUUAUUUGUACGAUUGUGUUUUUAGCAAUUUAAGCACUAAAGGCAUCUCUGGAACGUUAACUUUUUUUGUACCUGUAUUGCAGUUGACAGGCUAAAAAGGAAGUUUGGCAUGCAGUUGGCACGUUUCUUGUUUUUGGUUCACACUGUAUAUAACAAGCAUUAUAGUAGAGUUAUAUGGAUGAAUCCCGGUGGUUGUAGAUACUCCGUAGUCUGUAUACAUAAACUGUACAAAUUCAAUUGUGUCCAUGUAUAGUUCAUAAUUUAGCUAGUGUAGCGCACGCCAAAACUUAGUACACCUUCAUUAAGCUCUACUGGGUGCAACCGUUGCAUCAUCCUUCGUACAGACCCUAGUGUGACUAGCGUCUAACUAUUUGCUUCCUUAGUUUAGAUGGCUUAAAUUACACCUAAUGGUUUAUA